AUUUCUUUUCUGUUUUCUCCCUCCUCUCCCCACAGCCUUACAGAGAGUCAUUCUAUAUUUCCAUGUGCUGAAACAGGAAACAGAGAGGGGGAGUGAUGGUGGAGAAAGGAGGAGGCGGCCCGGCCCAUCUUCUUCUCCUGGGCCUAAUAGUCUUCUUUUUCAUCGGCGGUGCCAAGGCCCAUCGUCGGCUCUCCGGCGAGCCUCGCCGCAGCCAUAGGCAGGUUCUCCUCCGUUCAGAGCGCCUCUUGGCCUCCAUCUCCGCCGGCGCCGCCCCUUCCCCUAUACUCACGAGCUCGUCGUCCUCCCGAGUGUACCAUGUGACCGACUACGGUGCAGACCCGUCGGGCAAAACGGAUUCAACGGCUGCGAUAUCUCGGGCCCUCUCUGCGGCCUUCACCCCGCCGUCCAACCGAUCCCUUUUCGCCGGAAUCGCCGACCUCGGCGGCGCAGAGAUCAGUCUCGACGGGGGUUCCUACUUGAUCAGCAGCCCCAUCACUCUCCCCUCCUCUCCGACCGGCAAUCUCAAGAUCCACAGCGGCUCGCUGCUAGCGUCUGAUGACUUUCCAACGGGCAGAUACCUAAUCGAGCUCUGGUCCUCCACAACGUCCGCCUCCCCCACCUCCACCUCGGCCUACAACUACGAAUACAUCACCCUGGCCGGUCUCAUGCUCGAUGCCAACUAUCGCGCCGGAGGCAUUGCCGUCGUGGACUCCCUCCGCACCCUCAUUGACGGUUGCUACAUCGUCCACUUCGCCACCGACGGCAUAUGGGUCCAAGACGGACACGAAACCUUCAUUACCGACUCCUUCCUCGGCCAGCACAUCACCGCCGGCAACGAUCCCGGCGAGCGGAACUUCUCCGGAAAUGCCAUCCGACUCAUCGGCAAUGACAAUGCUGUCACGGACGUUGUCAUAUUCUCCGCAGCAAUCGGCAUUCUCGUCGCCGGCCAGGCGAACAUCCUCACCGGCGUUCACUGCUACAACAAGGCGACGGGGUUCGGCGGGACGGGGAUCUAUUUAAAAUUGCCCGGGCUGACUCAAACCCGUAUCGUGAACUGCUAUUUGGAUUACACAAGUAUCGUGUCAGAGGACCCGGUUCAGCUUCUCGUGUCGGGUUCUUUCUUCUUGGGGGACGCUAAUAUCGUGUUGAAAUCGGUUAACGGGGUGAUGAGGGGAGUUGCUAUUGUUGACAACAUUUUUGCGGGUAAUGGCAAUGGGGUCGACAUCGUGGGGUUGGAUGAGACAGCUGGGGCGUUUAGGACCGUUGAUCAGGUGGUGGUGGAGAGGAAUAGUGUGGAUGGGAUGACGGUGAGAUCGACGGCGGCGAGGGCGGCGAAGGAGGGGAAUGGGACGAGCUGGACCGUCGAUUUCUCAGGUGUUUUGUUGAUUCCGAACCGGAUUGAUCAGGUCCAAUACUCGAUCCAGACCGGGUCAGGUUAUUUCAACCAUGCUUUGAGGAACGUGUCAGGAAAUCAGGUCGUAAUCGAGUCUGACAAAGCGGUGCAGGCCACUGUGUUCGUGGAGGUGAGCCAAUGUGAAGGCAGCAUGGCUUGAUUUUGCUUUUUUUUUUAAUUAUUUAAUUUGCAUUGUUUUAAGGGUCUGUUUGGGGCUGCUUUGAUUUGCAUACUUCAAUCAUAAUUCUAUUUUAUUAUUA